AUGAGCUAUAAUGACCAUACUCAAAGUCAACUAAGUUUGCCAACAUCAGGAAGAUUUGAUUGGAUCGAUGGUAAAAAUGAACUGGUUUUCCAAAAAUAUGCUAAUCAAAAACCACCAAAGGCCAUUUAUUCACGAAGAAAUUUCCACAAGAACGUCCCAAUAAAAAGUGAAAAAGAAGUUCGCAUUAUAACCAUACAAGAUAUAAAAUCUGUCGCUUUGGCUAGACUAAAAUCUUCAGGGAAGCGUUUCCACUAUUCACAACACUUUGUUCAAAUGAUCAGAUCACCAGAAUGUGACAGACUAUUAGUACACUUAGCAAGAUAUCUAGAUUGUUACUUCAACAUACUGCAAUCCAAAGAGAAGUUUGCCAGCGAGAAAUUGCUACCAAAUUUGAAUCAGUUGAAAGAGCAAAAAGAACUUCAUAUUCGACUGGACACAUUAAAAUAUAAUUUCUCACUUUCCUAUGCAAAGUUUUUACUGCAUGAACGAAUUCGAAUUCACAGUACUAACCCAAGGCCAAUAGAUCCGGUAACGUAUGCAAAGACCGACCAAGACUUAUAUGAAACAUUUUUCUGGUUUUUUGUUUUCUGCAUGUGGAUCACAUUUCAACGUGUAAGAUUCCAGGAGAUUUGCAUUCAGAUUGGUUGGUUCACAAGAUCAGAAAUGUUUAACUCACUCGGACGACAAGGAGCCUCUUUUUUCGGACUUAAAGAAACUGAUAGUAAAGGUACCAACAAAAUUUAUGAAACACAUUUGCCUCGUGCAUCAAUGCUCAACAAAUGUUCACCUGCUUUGAGGCUUUUACUAGAUGACACCUCUAAGAUCCAUUCAGAUGAAACUGGCGAAAAACAAAGAAAAGCACAAGAUUUAACUGAAAUCCACUCAGGUGAAGGAAUUGAGAGAAUAGGAAUUUUAGGAGAUUAUCGACAUUUAUACGACGACCAACUUAUAUCCAAUAAGCAAACUGAUGAAAGUGACCCAGUACAGAACGAGGACCGCAAUGAAAACACUGAAGAAGUAGAACAAGAAGAAAAUGACAAAUAA